CAUGUCAUCCGUGUGUGGAACACAUCGAUUUUUCAAUCCGUCGAGACUAACCCAAUGUCGACAUUCAUAUCAUAUUAGAACGUCGUCAUAGUUAAAGUGGCUAAAAUUAAAUAGGGUUCGUACUGCAUCACUUAAUCGAUUUCCAUCAUGUCGUCGCUUUCCACGACGUCAAAGGAAGCGCCACCGGAAGGAUCUUCGUUGUCCGACUCGGACUCUGGCUCCACUUUCCACGAGCCGGCAGGUGGAAGCGGACGGUACACGACCAAUGCAUUGCAUGGUUGCACUGGUUCGUUGUCAAACACUUCUUCGAUGCGAACCGAUGGAAUCAAGGCAGGUCGGUGUGGUUUGAAUUGCGCGGCAUGGCUGCCCACGACUUCAAGGGUUGCAUGUACCUUUGGUGCAUCGCCGCCAUGUCGUGCGUACUGUACAACUUGCGAAUCGUUCCAUUGCGUAGGCUGCUGAAUGGAUUGAUCUUCUUCGUCGUCGUCACCCAACAUGUCCACAUCCAUGGACAAGUCCAUGUCAUCCGACUCCGGUGAGCUCACAUCAGCAGCAUCAUACCACGUCAUGGGUGUUGUCGCUGGCGUGGUUUGCUGGUGCAUGAACCCAAUGUGAUUUUCCAACGACGCCUUAAACUUCUUGUGAGGUUGCGGACACGAUGUUGGACUGUACGAGUUGAAUGCCGUGGGGUGCAUGAAGGAGUCGGUGAGCUCGAAGUCGUCGUCUUCACGCCGUCGGCGCAGGUGGCGCGAGGAGGGAGCUGCUCCAGCAUACAUCAUCAUAUUGGUCUUCUUCGAUGCUACGCGAAUGAGAAAGUGGGCGACAUAAUCUUG